UUCAUGCCGUGAGCCUUCGAAGGUUCGCUUUUCCGAAUAGAAAACAGCGGGAUUAGCCCUUUAUCUUGCAGAAUUAUUUUGUCGGCACCCAGGAAGGAAGUACAUGGAAACUUCUGCUUUUCCAGAGCCCCUCCGGAUGCCUCCCACGUUCCUCGUCUGGUAGCCCUGGGGCGAACUUACCUGAUAGCUUUUCUCGUGGGAUAAAAGGCCCACGUCAGUUGUGGGGUUUGGAUGGCUUCCCAGAAGUCACAGGGGACUGCUAGUCCAUCCGCUUCGUCCAUAUUCCUUCCGCUUGGACGGCGAAGUUCAAGGGCAUCUAUGUCAACGGAAGCGGAACGCGAGAGUUUGAAUGCGGCCUUAGAUCAGAUUCAUACCGCAGCGUAUCAGUCGGACGCCCUCACGGUUUUUAAUGAGUUCACUGCUCCGCCAACUCCAACAUCGGCGGUGGAUGAGAAGGCUUUGCCUGGGGAUAUACAAGGGGGACUGAGCGGUCUGUACAGUCGAUUUAAAGUCUCAGUCGGAGGGGUUAGGGAUAUCGUGAGCGGCACAGGGAAACCGUCGGAUAAGGCCCUAGCUGAGAGUCCUGGGGUUAAGGGCGCUUCGGUUGAAUCGAGCGCGAAGUCAUCUGCCGAUCAGUCUACCAACCUGGCAGAUUCACAAAAUUCGCUUGCAAGUUCAUCUCAGGAAUCAAGAGUCUAUUCUCCAACUGCUGGUAACUUUCAGCAUAGCCGGGAUGGGCCAGUCCAAUUUGGAACCGGGAAGGGUUCCACGCUUCCCUCGAAAGCUGCGAGUGUGUCUUCCAAGACAUCCAUUUUAUCGUCGCCUCAGAUAACCCCCCUGAAUGUGACCUCGUCGAGCAUCGAUAGUAACAUGCCGUACGAUGACGGCCCGAGUACACUGGAUGCCAAGCGGUCGUCGACAACGGAGAACCAAUCGCCCGAUAGGUCGAGAAAGGCAGAUCGACCGGUGAUGCCUGAAAUAGAUAUGUCUUUAGCUGGAAAGUCGCGGAAAUCUAGUCAGGCCGAUAGUAUACUCAAUGGGAAGUCUGUUCCUGAAGAAAGAGCUACUCCUAAUUCGUUGACCGGAUCAGUCUCUGCGGCGGACAACCCUUCCGCAGUCUCGAACGAUAGUAACCCGGCCAAUGAAAGUCAUAUACCGUCUAAUGCUACGGCCUCCGCUUCUAUGACCGAUGCAAAUGCGAUUCCUGGGAAGCCGCCGAAACUAGUUGUCAAAACACGAUCGAGAGAGAAACCGCCUCCCCGUGUCAGUGAAAGUCGUUUACCCGGCUAUAUUUUGUCUCGAACUUCUUCCACUGAGACGGAACCUUCCUUACCUUCCUUGGAUACCACAGUCGACCGGCCAGGUUCCCGUGCUUCGCGGGACAGGCGCCUUCAACCCGGAGGUGAUGGAGUUACGUCGCAGCUCAGGAGUAGGUUGCUUAGCAAAGAUUUCUGGAUGCGCGACGAAAACGCUAAAGAUUGUUUUCACUGUGGUGAUACCUUCUCUACCUUUCGACGGAAGCAUCACUGCCGCACUUGCGGUCAGAUAUUUGAUUCUAAAUGUACUGUUCUAAUUCCUGGGGAUCGUUUUGGACAACCGGGCUCUAUCCGUGUUUGCAAACCCUGCGAAGCCAAGAUAAACGCACAUGAAGACGAUUCAUCAGAAUUAUCGGAUAGCGAACAAAGUCCCGUCGUGGUCAAUCCGCGUGUCUCUGACCCAAGCUUCAGCAACAAUGCACCUGGAUCCAACGAUGAUGAUGACACUUCUUCUAUCGUCUCCCAGCCAGUUGAGCAUGUUCUAAAAACCCCAACAAUGGCAAUUCCAGCCACUAGAAGGGCCGGUGAAGGCCAUAAUCGCCGGUCAGCUGUCCUUGAAUUCAAUCCUGAUCACCCGCUUACUAGACCGACAUCUUCGAGGUCUCUCAAAUCAUCCAUGAGUGGCAGAGCCCACUCUAUUGGCCACAAGCGUCAUCAUGCUCGCCAGCAGUAUAUUCGCAACUUUAAACCUUUUCACGAUGACCGUGCUCCUUUCCAGCGCCGACACCCAGAAGAUAACGGCCCAGAGGCACGACUUUCCGCUUUCCAUAAAGAUAACAUUAUCGACCCGGAUUUAGCGCAAUAUCUUUCUGAUGAUGCAUCCAGUGGUGAUGAGCAGCCGAGCCUGUUAGGUGUUGCCUCAGAAGGCUCACUGCCAAAAGGAGGUGCUGAUAACGAGAGGGCAACUUUUGGUGGGCUUCUCGCUGCUAUGAAGAAAGGUAGAUCUGCGUUCAGUGACAGGAAUGCCGCAGGUAUCAACAGUUCUGCCCGCGACGGCGAUGAUGCUAGCGUUAGCAGCUCAAGAGCCGUGAAUUUGCCACGGUCUUCUCGCCGACGGAACCUGAGUGUGGCCAGCAGUGUCCACCAAAAACAAUCUCCAAGAGGUUCAAGAGACAAUGUAUUUAGUUCGUAUGAUACUUCAACGCAGGGUACCGCUCUUUACACAGGCGGGCCCUCGGCAGGGUUUAAGAUGACAAGGAGUUCAUCUAUGAAAGGGGAUGGUGCGCCACCGGUCGAAUUGAACAUAGCUAGUUUGCAGCACGUCCGUAAACUUCUGCGACAGCUGCUAAAAGAUUCAGCAGUUCCGAACGCCCAGAGUUGGGAAUCUGCCCUCAUGCCAAUUCUUAUGAAGGCAACGGACGAGGUUGUCCCAGAUGUGCAGCGAGGGGACGAUAUGGAUAUCCGCCACUACGUGAAGCUCAAAAAGAUCCCCGGGGGUCGACCAGGCGAUACAUCCUAUGUGUCUGGUUUGGUCUUCACUAAAAAUCUUGCUCUGAAAAGCAUGCCUCGGAGUAUUCCAUAUCCCAACAUACUAAUAAUAACAUUUCCCCUUGAAUAUGCGCGACACCAGCGACAUUUUAUGAGUCUAGAGCCGGUCAUUCGACAAGAGCGGGAGUUCCUCGAAAACCUCGUUAGCCGAAUUGCUGCCCUUUGUCCCACUUUGCUUUUAGUCGAGAAGAAUGUAUCCGGUCUGGCACUGGGGCUUCUAGAUAAGGCUAAAAUUGCAACGGCAUACAAUGUCAAACCUUCGGUGCUGGAAGCCGUGUCCAGGUGUACUCAAACUAGAAUCAUCACGUCUAUGGACCAACUCGUGACCACUCCAAUGCGCAGUAAAUGCGCCAGUUUCGACAUCAAGACAUAUGUUCACAACAGACGCAAAAAGACAUACAUGUAUAUUUCUGGCUGCCCCAAGGGCCUCGGGUGUACGAUCGUUCUGCGCGGGGGCAACAGUGAUGUGCUAGUGAAUGUGAAGAGGAUUACGGAGUUCUUAGUUUAUGUUGUCUACAAUCUCAAGCUGGAAACCUGCUUGCUGAGAGAUGAGUUUGCCCAGAUACCUACAUCAUCUGAUGGUGCGACUGGGGAACGGUCAGACGAGGAGAAGAAGUCAAACGUUGCAUCGCUGACGGCAGGCGAUGCAACUGAGGGAGUACCUAUCUCUCGCCAGAACUCUCAGGAAGCCGGUGAUCGCUCAUCCAUCGAUUCAGCUAUCAGGACCAUGAAUGGGGAUUCAGACGUACCCGAUGAUGUUCCUAUGCCGACAUAUUAUGAAGAUAUGGUGGAAAAGCAUAAAACCAAAAUUCUGUCUGCUUCACCCUUUGUGAAAUUCGAACCUCCUUAUCUCCUCAUGCGCGCUAGGGAAAUGGAACGCAGGCUGGCUUAUCUCCAGCGUCUACGCGACCAAGAUCUAAAAUCAGAUCAGCCAGCAGAUGAAAAGGCUAAAUCGCAGAAAUUCACGCUCAUCACUCCAGAGAUGGUCCAUCGUUCACCCCGUGGUGCUCCCUCCAAGGUUAAAGAGAUACUUCAUGCGGCCCACGAUGCUGAGUAUGAAAGAGCACUCCACGACUACCAGACUCAAAAGCGGCAGUGGGAAGCAUACAUAUUCGGUAACGGCAAUCUUUUCGAUCCUUAUGCGCAUCAAAACAUUGUUGUCCUCUUUAGCCUCGUUUGCACCACUACAUCGAUUCCCUGUUCUGGACCAGACGUUUUUCCUUUGGAAUUUUACAAUGAACAUGAAGGGGACAACAUCUUCGAACCUGAUUGUACCAUUGGCCAAUUUGUGGAAGGCCUAUGUUACAAUGCCAAUGCCAUCUGCACUGCUAAUGGUUGCGAAAAGAAAAUGGUCGAACAUCAUCGUCAGUAUGUCCACGGAGAGGCCCAGUUAAGCGUCUUCAUUCAGCCUUAUCCUUGCAAGCUUCGGGGAUUGCAAGACGUGAUUUUAAUGUGGAGUUGCUGCAAAAUUUGUGGCAACGAAACACAGGUAAUGCCCAUGUCAGAAGAUACCUGGAAAUACUCCUUCGCAAAAUAUCUGGAGCUUUCCUUUUGGUGCAAAAAUUUACAUGCUCGGGCUGGUGUCUGUCCGCAUGACUUGCACCGAGAUCAUCUCCGAUACUUUGGUUUCAAAGAUGUUGCGCUACGGAUUCACUAUGAUAAAAUAAACCUGCUUGAGAUCAUCGUUCCUCGGACCAGAGUCACUUGGAAAGUGGACAAUGACCUGAGGCUAAAGAACGGAAUCUAUCUCAGGAUGGAACAGCGCCUGAGUAAAUUCAUGGCUUCUGUCAAAGCCAGACUGAAGAUCAUUAAUGUCGAGAACGUCGUGCCCGAAUUACUCGAAGAAUGUAAAAGGGAAAUCGACACACUGACCAGAAAGGCGAACGAUGAUCAUGCCGCUCUAAUAAAGCAGCUGCAAGAGAAAUAUACGAAUUCUCAUUAUUGGGAAGUGAUACCUUUGAAUGAAGUUCUCCGCUCUGUUCAGGAGAAGGUGGUUGAGUGGGAUACGGCAUUUGCGGAGUUUGAAAAGAACUUUUUCCCCUCAGAGAAAGAUAUCAAGCGACUGGCGACGUUGCAAUUGAGAAGGAUAUUCUUGGACAAAGAUACUUCAGUCACGUCUCUUACGUCAUCUGAGGAGCGACCUACGACCCCAACGGAGGCCGACCAAGCCGAGGCAGAGGAUGCAGCAGAGCACGCGCGGCUAACUCGUCGCAUGACUCUGUCUCCCGAAAAGGCUCAAGAUGUGCUCGUCUCUGUGGUAGAGGAGCAUUCUGGGAAGAAAAACAGAGAAAAGUCACAACCUGUGGUUGAAUCUCCCCCCGGCCCUCCACCGGAGACGGUGGAAGCUGCUACGCCAAACCAAAUUUCUAAUCUUGAAGAAAAGGAGGUGCCUUCCGCCAUCCCUGAGGCCGUUACGCAGGAACAACCACAUGGUCAUGACGUGGCUGUUGCCUCUAGUCCAUCAGAGCGCUCUUUGCCCUCCAAUCCUCCCCCGGAAAGCGCCACAGCCUCUCCAUUACCUACUACUGCCGCAGAAGACGCAGAGAAGAAGACGACCGGGUUGCCCGCUUCUGAAACUUUGGAAAUGGGCGAGAAGAGUCCAAAUCUUUCUAGAGCGGAUAGUUUGGAGAAUAACUUGCCGACUACGCCUCCCCCUCUUCCUCCUUCAGCAAUCCCCCGUCUGGCAGAAAAUGCUUUCCGACGUUCUGGGAAACCGAGGUCGCCGCCAUUAUUCCGUUCUCAAUCGCAGACAGGCUACUUUCAGAAAGAAAGGCCCCUUCAUAGUCCACCGUUGGGAGGGUUGAGGGCUGGGUUCAGUAAUGUGAACGGUUCAGAUGGUGCCUACGAUCCGCAGGUGAAAUUUGAUAAGAAGCUCUCUGAUCAUUUUGGUUUAAGCGCUCUCAAGCCCGCAAGACUCGUCUCGGGCCAAUCUUUCAUUCCCCGUUCGGUCUCGAGCAAGCGGAAUCGCACACGCGUGUCCAGUUUGGCCAAACAUUUUGAACAAUUAAGCAGAGAGUUUGAGAAAGAACGUCAGCGUGAAAGACGACAACGAGCUGCCAAAGGAACCCACUCUCGUGCCUAUCCCAUGGCCUCCUCGAAACCUAUAGUGGAAGUCUAUAGGAAUGUUACGGAAGCAGUGGAAGAACGGGAACCUUCUGGCGAAGGGGAAGCACCAUUGAUUAUACCAGAGAAACAAACGAAGAGAGGCGAAGAACUUCCUAAAGAGACCACAGACGAGGAGCCUAAGAGGGAGCCUAGUCCAGAGACGACAACAGUCGAACCCGAGGAAGUGGAGGGUACCAUCACCGGCGACAACAAUGUACUCUCCGAAGGCGAAGCAGAAGACGUACAUAGCGAUGAUGAUCGAGCGUCGGCUGAAGAGCUUCAUAUAACAGACUCACAUGAAGAGGUUGGAAAGAUGUCACCGGAUGAAGAGGCAAUGGAUCUCAAAGACUUGCCGAAGCACGAGAGGAACACGCUUCUGAAAAUGUUGACAAACUUCUGGUCAGAACGCUCCGCCAGUGGAUGGGCGCCUCUCGACUAUCCCUUAAACAUGGCUGAUCAUGUCUUUGCGGAUUGUGACAUCAUUGUCCGUGAAGAUGAACCGAGCUCGUUAAUAGCAUUUGCUUUAGAUUCAAGUGACUAUAAAGAGAAACUGGCAGGUAUUGAGAGGCAUUUUAAUGAAACCGACGGAUUAAACACAAGUCAAGACGAGGACUCGGAAGCUGCAAACGAAGCACGUGUUGAGCAUGCGCUUUUGAGGGCGACUGGAACCCAUCUCAAGUAUCAGUUCCAAGAAGGACAGGCCAAGAUGCUUUGCAAGGUGUUCUAUGCGGAGCAAUUUGACGCCCUUAGGAAGAAGUGCGGGGUGGCUGAUCGAAUCGUCGAGUCACUAUCCCGCUGUGCAAAAUGGGAUUCGAAAGGUGGGAAGACAAAGUCUUUGUUCUUGAAGACCUUAGACGAUCGCUUCAUUUUGAAGUCUCUGUCCCCCAUUGAAACACAGGCGUUUCUGAAGUUUGCGCCAGCAUACUUUCAGAUAAUGUCGGAAGCGCUUUUCCACGAGCUGCCGUCGGCCAUCGCCAAGAUGUUUGGAUUUUACCAAGUGAUCAUCAAGAACCCUGCUACUGGUGUGGAGUUCAACUAUUUCUUACUGCUGAUGGAGAAUCUAUUCUACGAUCGUGUCCCAACACGAAUCUUCGACCUCAAGGGUUCGAUGCGGAACCGCAAGGUGCAAAGUACGGGCGAGCGCAAUGAAGUGCUUCUCGACGAAAACAUGGUCGAUUUUAUCUACGAGACCCCGUUGUUCUCCAGGGAGCACUCAAAGAGACUCCUUAGCCAGAGCGUGUGGAACGACACGCUUUUCCUGGGUCGGCAAGAUGUCAUGGAUUAUUCCCUUAUGAUUGCCAUUGACGAGAGCAGGAAGGAGCUUGUCGUCGGUAUCAUCGACUGCAUCCGAACAUACACGUGGGAUAAGAAACUGGAGUCUUGGAUCAAGGAUCGUGGACUCGCAGGCGGCAGUAAGAACCGGCCAACGGUUACCAGCCCCAAGGAGUACAAGAGCCGGUUCAGGGAGGCAAUGGCAAGAUACGUUCUCCAAGCGCCAAGCUGCUGGCAUCAGUUUCAACCGACACAUACAUAUCGAUACCCACGCAUUGAAAUGAACAAUAGUAACGUCCCGGAUCCCGAAAAUGCUCCCAGCAACGCAGGCUGAAUCCAUCUAUUAAGGUGAUAUUCGAAGGUGUCACCAUCACCAGGAACUUACCUGUAAUAUUUUUCAUGGAAACAAUGAUGCUACGAAGAAUUUUCAUUUGCAUGGAUCGGAGUCAUCGUCGAAAUUCGCAGGGAGUUUGUAUGCUAUGGCAUGGCAUGUAUGUUAUAUAGAAAAGGAUACCAUUCAUUUGGCUCUGGGCAUGACAGAUAUACAAUCAAUCAUUCUUUUGUACCUACGCAGUCCUUCAUACCAGUUCAACCCUUUGCAAAAAUAAAAGGAAAAUG